CAUAUAAAACUUGUGGUGAACAUUUUGGAGGGAAAUGUCAUCGAUUCCGCUAGAUGGCGAAUGCGUCAUCAAGAAGAGUGUUUUGAGAGCGACUUAACCUCACAUAAAAGGUAAACAAAGUGUUUGUUGUGCUAGGAAAACGUUUCUCUCUCCCUAAAUCCCGGAAAAUCUGACCUGAAGAGCAGCAAAAAUGUCUCUGGCGGAUGAGCUGCUGGCUGAUCUUGAGGAGAACGAUGACGGAUUCACGGAAACCGCGAUGGAGGAGACGGACGACGCCGGCGAUCCGGGUGAUGAUCAGGAAGCCACUCUCGAGGGCGCCGAAGAGAUGGAGGUGGACGUGAAGGUGUCUUCUGUGAGGGAAGUGUGCAGACUGAGGGACUCGCCGAAGCUGGCGGACAUCCUGCGGCGCAUUGAGAUCUAUGCCAGUGAGCUGGUGCCAAGGAAGUCCUCAGAGAUGGUCGGGAGCGUCGAGGCGGACCCGGAGUAUCAGCUGAUUGUGGAGGCGAACUCAGUGGCGGUGGACAUUGACAAUGAGAUUGUGCUGAUUCACAGAUUCACGAAGGAUAAGUACCAGAAGCGCUUCCCUGAGCUCGACAGUCUGGUGAUGGGCGAGCUGGACUACAUCCGGACGGUGAAGGAGUUGGGCAAUGAUCUGGACAGGGUGAAGAACAAUGAGACGCUGCAGCAGGUGCUGACGCAGGCCACAAUCAUGAUUGUGUCCGUGACGGCGUCCACGACUCAGGGAGCGCAGCUGAAUGAGGAGGAACUGAAGCAAAUCUGCGAGGCGUGCGACAUGGCAAUCGAUCUGCAUGCGUUCAAGAUGAAGAUUUACGAGUACGUGGAGAGCCGAAUGACGUUCAUCGCGCCGAACUUGUCCGUGAUCGUGGGCGCCUCGACUGCUGCGAAGAUCCUUGGCUUGGCCGGCGGACUCAUCAAGCUGUCCAAGAUGCCGGCGUGCAACGUCCUGAUCCUGGGCUCGAAGAAGCGCGUGCUCUCGGGAUUCUCGAAGGUGGCCAUGUUGCCGCACACGGGCUUCAUCUACUACUCGGACAUCGUUCAGGACACGCCGCCGGACUUGCGCCGGAAAGCCGCUCGCCUCGUGGCGGCAAAGUGCACGCUCGCGGCCAGAGUGGAUGCGUGCCACGAGAGCAACGGCGGACAGAUUGGGCAGCAGUUCCGGGAGGACAUCGAGAAGAAGCUGGACAAGCUGCAGGAGCCGCCGCCGGUGAAGUUCGUGAAGCCCCUGCCGAAGCCGAUUGAGAGCAGCAAGAAGAAGCGCGGCGGCCGGCGCGUGCGCAAGAUGAAGGAGCGCUACGCGAUCACGGAGUUCCGGAAGCAGGCCAACAGGAUGAACUUCGGGGACAUCGAGGAGGACGCAUAUCAGGAGGAUUUGGGCUACUCGCGUGGCGUGCUGGGCAAAUCGGGCACGGGCCGCAUUCGGCUGCCGCAGGUGGAUGAGAAGACGAAGGUGCGCAUCAGCAAGACGCUGCAGAAGAAUCUGCAGCGCCAGCAAGUGUGGGGCGGCAGCACGACGGUGAAGAAGCAGGUGUCCGGCACGGCCUCCAGUGUGGCCUUCACGCCCCUCCAGGGCCUCGAGAUCGUGAAUCCACAGGCGGCCGAGCGCUCCAUUGACUCCAAUGCCAAGUACUUCUCCAACACCAGCGGCUUCCUCUCCGUCGGCAAGCCGACAACGUGAGCUGCAACGUGAUGUGCGACAAAGGGAGAAGAAGCGACGCUCGCAACAUAAGAAAAAGAAGCAAGGAAUGGGUGAGAAAAACAAAUGCCGGGGCGUUUUUCUCUGAAAUUAUUGUACAUUUAAUAAAUGAAAAUAUUGAAACUCAAACGAUUUUUGUCACAGCCUACUUUUCUCAAUCAUUUCUCAAAUGAAAAAGAGAAGAUGAAACAAAGAAAAAUAUAUAUAAAAAAAAAACAAUUGGAUUAUUACACUUAAUUGCGAAUGAGAGAAAAACAAAAAAUAGUAAAAUGGAACUAUUUUUUUUUUUGAUUUUUAAAUUUCUUUUUCCUUUCUCAUGUUGAAGAAGAGAAGAAGAAAAAAUAAAGAAUAUGAUUUCUAUCGCUCGUAUUUUCUCUCUCUCUCUCAUUUUUUCUUUCUUU